AUGGUGGGGAAAGGAAUUUAUGACGAAGCAUUAAGCAGUUUCUUUAGGAACGUAGAUGCAAGAAAUGGUGGUGAUCGUCCUGAUAUUUACAAAGGAAAGAUCUGCUCUUUAAAAGCACGAGCACUGUUGAUUGACAUGGAGGAGGGUGUGGUAAAUGAAAUUCUGCAGGGACCAUUGAGGGAUGUGUUUGAUAGCAAGCAGCUUAUCACAGAUGUUUCUGGUUCAGGAAACAACUGGGCUGUAGGUCAUAAGCUGUAUGGCUAUCGGUACCGGGAGAGCAUUGUGGAAAAGCUGAGGAAAACUGCAGAACAUUGUGACUGUCUACAGUGUUUUUUUAUAAUUCAUUCUAUGGGAGGUGGGACAGGAUCUGGUCUUGGAACUUUUGUACUGAAUUUGCUUGAGGAUGAAUUCCCAGAAGUAUAUAGAUUUGUUACUUCAGUUUAUCCCUCUGGUGAAGAUGAUGUUAUUACUUCUCCAUAUAACAGUGUUCUGGCUAUGAAGGAGCUUAAUGAACAUGCAGACUGUGUGCUACCAAUAGAGAAUGAAUCUCUGUUUGAUAUAGUUAAUAAAAUUCAUCAGAUGGUCAAUUCUGGGAAACUAGGGUCAACUGUGAAGCAAAACAGCUUGGUAACAUCAAGUGCAGGUGGUGUAAAAACUGUACAAGAGAAGCCAUUUGACGCAAUGAAUAAUAUCGUAGCCAACUUGCUGCUGAACCUGACAAGCUCUGCUAGGUUUGAAGGUUCCCUUAACAUGGAUCUUAAUGAAAUCAGCAUGAACUUGGUUCCAUUUCCUCGACUUCAUUACUUGGUUUCAAGCUUGACUCCUUUGUAUACAUUAGCUGAUGUUAAUGUACCUUCUAGAAGGUUGGAUCAGAUGUUUUCAGAUGCUUUUAGUAGAGAUCAUCAACUAAUUCAGGCAGAUCCAAAGCAUAGCCUCUACCUUGCCUGUGCACUUCUCGUUCGAGGAAAUGUGCAAGUUUCAGACCUUCGCAGAAAUAUUGAAAGGUUGAAGCCUUCCCUGCACUUUGUGUCCUGGAAUCAAGAGGGCUGGAAAACUGGUUUGUGUUCAGUACCUCCUGUGGGCCAUUCCCAUUCCCUUCUGGCUUUAGCAAACAACACCUGUGUAAAACCGACUUUCAUUGAACUCAAAGACAAAUUUAUGAAGCUCUACAAGAAAAAGGCACACCUUCACCAUUAUCUGCAUAUAGACGGGAUGGAGCAAAGCUGUUUUUCUGAAGCCAUAUCAUCUUUGUCUGAUCUAAUAGAAGAGUACAAUGAACUGGAUGCCACAAAAGGCGGGCCUAGAACAGAUCCAUCAAGACUGAAGAUAGCUGCUUAAAGAAGGAAGAACUGAUUUUUUUAUAAAAGAAAAAAAAAUCUAAGCAUCCAACCACUUCAGCUAACCAGAAUGAACUGCAGCAUGCCUAACUACUGUAAUUCCAAAGUGAGACUGGGACAACAGAUUCCUCAGCUCUGAGAGGUGUCAUAUUAAGUGACAGGCCCAGCCUGUAAGAAAGAUUUGAAGGCAGCUAAUUAU